AUGGGUCUUGAAAUCCCCGGGUCGAUGAAAGCCCUGGUGGGCAACCGCUCAAUCAUCACUCGCAUGUCAAACUAUGCAUGUGGAAGCUCAUACGGCGACGGCGUGAAGAUCGCCACCGUCCCCGUCCCCAAGAUAGCAGAGGACGAAAUCCUCGUCCAAGUGCGAAGUGUCGCUCUCAAUCCCACCGACUUCAAGCACGUCGAUAUCCUGGCACCCCGCGGCGCGAUCAUCGGCUGCGACUACGCCGGCACCGUCGCCAAGGUCGGAGCCAAGAUGACCGAGUCCUGGGCGGUCGGUGACAGGGUCGCCGGAUCAACGCACGGAGGCCUGUAUACCGACCGUGGCUCUUUCGCAGAGUACUUCAAGAUCCCGGGCCAUUUGGCCUGGAAAGUCCCAUCGUCCCUGAGCGACGAAGAGGCAGCUACAUUCGGCGUGUCGGCCGUCACCGCCAUGUUAGCCUUGAACACUCGGCUCGGCGUGCCCUGGGCAGACGGAGGCGAGGACAAGGGUCGGUCAAGGACGCCGAUCCUGAUCUAUUCCGGCGCAACCUCCGCUGGUCUUUAUGCUAUUCAAUUGGCCAAGCUGGCAGGAUUGAAAGUGGUGGCUACUGCUUCUCCGAAAUCGCAUGACCUGGUGAAGGAGUAUGGGGCCGAUGAUGUCUUUGAUUAUCGGUCACCGACGGCCGUUGAAGAAAUCAUUCGUGCCUAUCCUACCAUUGACCGCGCAAUGGACUGUUUUUCCGAGGGCGAGUCCACCGCGUUUUGUGCAGAUGUCGUGCGCAAAAAUAGGGGGUGGGUGGUUACGCUUUUGGACUCGGGGAGAACGGAUUGGGAUGGUGUCAAGAUCGACUUUUUGCUUGCUUACACGGCUUUCGGUGCGGAGUUCCAGUGGCUUGCUCCUUUUGGGCCUAAAUUUGGCAAGGUUCCCGCGGAUAUGGAAGCGUUGCGCAGGUUUUAUGCAUCGUUGCAGGGGAUUUCUAAGAUUCUCAGGCCGCCACCUCUUCAAACUGUUCAUGGGGGUUUGGAGGGAUUGUGUUCAGGGCUUGACUUGUUGCGGCAAAGGAAGGUUUCAGGUACUAAAUUGGUUGCGCGUUUGGUUUGA